GCAGGACUAUCACGAGGCCUCCGUGGCCCUGCGAAAUUGCGUUAGAUCCUGCGCCCUGCUGAUGAAUCAACGUGGCUUAGUCUCGAACGCCGAUCGCCAUGUGGUGGCCAUGACUCAGCAUUUGUUCUACGAGGUGCUACCGAUGCCUUUGCCCAUCUCCAAGGGAGUUAGCGCUUGUUUUUGGCGCAAGAUGCCCAUGUACUACGAGACCCAGGGAUCCCUGGUUCGCGAGCUGUGGCUGGUGGUCCAAUACUUCCUAGCCUCGUCCCUGUCCCUACCGUUGAAUACACAUCAUCACUCAGUGCGUUUGCUGACCUUGGUCUCAGCCUUGAGCGUCUUGGACGCCGUGGUGCGCCGGAACCCGCCGCAUUCGCAGAAUGAUCUCAGCCGCGUCUACAGUGGCGCUUUGCGCGGCUCCCAAAAAAAGAGCGGCGCCUUCACGGUGGAUCUGCAGCUGCAGCUGGCGGAGAGCACCGAGGAACUUCCGUUGUGGGAUCCCCAUGCGCAAGAGAUCAGGUCGGGCCUGCUGGAUUACUUUGCCACUGCUGGUGACACCCACAGUCGCAAGGCUCGGCGGGUCUUUGCUUUCAACGACAUGCGCCUGAACGCAGGCCUGAACGCUGGCCUGAACGCCGGCGACAAGGAACUGAUCCACCGCUUGGCCUUGCUGCGAGGCAGUGUCAGGGGAUGUGUUUCCGGUAGCUGCGUGCCCGAUUCUGCCAGGCUCGGCCGCUACCUCACCGGUGAGGCCGAAGAACUCGGGGAUCCAUCGAACCUGGUGGGUUCCUUUCCGGUCCCAUUGCGAGAGCUAGCUCGAAAGACCCCAUUGCAAAAGAGCAAUUUGAAGAGUGUCAAGAAGGUGCCUGAGCUUCUCAGCGCUUUCCCAGGCCUUGCGGCAUUGAGGGAUGUGACCUUCUUGGUGCAUUUGUUGUGCGUGAAGAUCACCUCAGCGACGCUGGACAUCAGGCGCCCGGACGGCACACCUUGGAAUGCCUCAGAUUUGCUGCUGAAAUGGGAGUACAAUGCAGAGGAGGGUCGCUUGCGCGUGACUGGACUUGGGCGAUCCUUAGUGCUUGGAGAGGCGGCGCUCCAACCCGAACGCACGGUGGAGACCAGCGGCUUCCUGUCCCGCCUGGGGUCUGCAAUGACUUCCUUGUGGAGUAGCCAGGUGCAGACGCCGGCCUUGGUGAGCGCUGCGGGCGCAUCGCAUUUGGCCAACCAGAGCAUUCAGAGCGAGGACGAUGUCCUACACACGCCAGACCUUCCCAGCUUUGGCAAACAGCUGAGCCAGGCUGAAUCGGAAGAGUUGCUGUCCUUUCUCACCGUACCCUACCUGCGCGUGCCCUUGCUGCUGCAGUUCUUCAACAACCGGAAACGCUUCACAGCCCUGAACCAUCCUCAACUGCAGGCCAUGCUGGACGCGGUUCUCUUUGAACCUGGAGCCUUUGAGGAGCAGACGACGGCGUCGCUCGGGGCUAACUAGCGCGCCACGUUAAUGACAACGGAAAGGGCUGCCGGUGAGGUCCG